CACUUUCCCUCUCCAUAUGACCGUUUCGCAACACAAGCGAUCCUGUCCAUCCGGAGAACCUGGAGAUUCACUUGGGAAGUCGGACAGAAGUCACAAGCCGAGAGACCCUGCCAGCACCUGCCCAGUGUCAUCAGCCAAUUACCACAUCAAACUCAAGUUUACUAAACCGCGACAGCAUCAGUAACUC